AUGGCUCCUAGAAAUUUAUCUCAUGUCACUGAGUUCAUUCUUGUUGGUGUUUCUGAUCGUCCAGAACUGCAGGUACCACUUUUCUUUGUCUUCCUGGUCAUCUACAUGCUGACAGCAGCAGGAAACCUGGGCAUCAUCACCCUCACCACCGUGGACUCACGACUUCAAACUCCCAUGUACUUCUUCCUCAGACACCUGGCUGUCAUCAACUUUGGCAACUCCACUGUCAUUGCACCUAAAAUGCUGGUCAACUUCUUAGUCAGUAAGAAAACCACCUUAUACUAUGAAUGCGCCACCCAGCUGGGAGGAUUCCUGAUUUUCAUUGUAGCAGAGAUCUUCAUGCUGGCUGUGAUGGCCUAUGACCGCUAUGUGGCCAUCUGCAACCCCCUGCUCUACAUGGUGGUGGUGUCUCGGCGGGUCUGCCUUCUGCUGGUGUCCCUCACAUACUUGUAUGGCUUUUGCACGGCCAUUGUUGUUUCAUCUUGUGUGUUCUCUGUGUCUUAUUGCUCCUCCAAUAAAAUCAAUCACUUUUACUGUGAUAAUGUCCCUCUGUUAGCACUGUCCUGUUCUGACACCCACCUUCCAGAAACUGUAGUCUUUGUAUCUGCAGCUACAAACUUGUUUUUUUCCAUGAGUAUAGUGCUAGUGUCUUAUUUCAACAUUGUGUUGUCUAUCUUAAGGAUCCGUUCUUCAGAAGGAAGGAAAAAAGCCUUUUCCACCUGUGCUUCACAUAUGAUGGCUGUCACAGUUUUCUAUGGGACGCUGUUAUUUAUGUAUUUGCAGCCUCAAACUAACCACUCACUAGAUACUGAUAAGAUGGCCUCUGUAUUUUAUACAUUGGUAAUCCCAAUGCUGAACCCCAUGAUCUAUAGCCUGAGGAACAAGGACGUGAAGGAUGCUUUAAAAAGAUCUUGCAUAAACUGUUGUCUUAUGCCAAGCAUGUUUAUUAAGAAGUAA